GUGCCGACCACCGCCAGUACAGGGAGAGAGUCCCAUGGUGUGUGACCGAGGCCGCUAUGGCCGUUGAUAACCGCUCAACCUCGGCCCUAUUUAAAAGGGCCGAGCAGUUAAGGCGUUGGCAGGAGAGUGAAACCAAUAAACAAGAAGUGUAUGAAAAUAGUAGAUCUCGAAAAGUGAAUUUUAGUGAUGGCUGCAUCUUUUUAGCAGCGUGUGCUGCAGGGGACAAGCAAGAAGUGCUUCGCCUCUUGGAGAAGGGCGCCGAUAUAGACACGGCUAAUGUAGACGGCCUCACAGCUCUUCAUGCGGCAUGUAUAGACGACAAUCUGGACAUGGUGGAGUUCCUGGUGGACCAGGGAACAGAUGUCAACCGAGGGGAUAUGGAGGGGUGGACGCCGCUCCACGCCACAGCCUCAUGUGGCUUCAACAGUAUAGCAAAGUUCCUAAUAGACCGGGGGGCUGACCUCUCCCUAGUUAACAAUGAUGGCGACCUAGCCAUCGAUAUAGCUGAUUCAGAUGAAAUGGAAAGUUUAUUACAACGAGAAAUAGAAGAUAGAGGUAUUGAUUGUGAUGCUUCUCGAAAUGAAGAGGAGCGACGUAUGUUAGAAGAUGCUCAGUCGUGGCUAAGUAACGGUUACCUCGCCGACAGACCUCACCCAAAGACUGGUGCUGUAGCAUUACAUGUAGCGGCAGCAAAAGGUUACAACAAAGUUAUGAAUUUGUUGAUAGAGGCUGGUGCUGAUAUCAAUUCACAAGAUAUGGAUGGUUGGACCCCACUCCAUGCAGCUGCGCACUGGGGGCAACGGGACGCUGUAGAAAUUUUAUGUGAAAAUAACGCAGAUAUGGAUGUUCGAAAUUUUGUGGGUCAAAGUGCGUUUGAUGUUGCAGAUAAUAAUUUAUUACGAUUAAUGGAUGAACUAAAGAGAAAACAGGCGGCUCAAAAAUUAGUAAAACCAGCGCCCAGAAAACGCAAAACAUCACCACACCGAGAACACAGUAACAAGAAGGAGCGGGAGGAUCAACGGGAAUCUGAUGGUACGUCUGGUGAUGAAUCCUCAUCUGAUGUGGAAGAUGAGGAAAGUAGUGAAGAAACCACCAGUAGUGAGAGUAGCGAUUCAUCAGAGUCGGAUAGCGAAGAGGAGGAGGAGAAGGAGAAAGAGAAGGAGAAAGAGGAGGAAGAUAAAGAGGAGGAGGAGGAGGAGGAAAAGAGUAUUUUGGGUAGUUACACUCGUGCACUUAGUCCUCUGAAGUACCUAGUUGAGAAGAAGAACAAGGUGAAUAAGGAGAAUGCCACCCCACAGAUCAUUCCCACUAGUGUGGUGACAGAGAAGAGCAACAGUCGAACACUUCCACAGGCCCGAGCAGACAACACUAUGGACGAAUCUGAAGUGCAGUCAUGGAGAAGACCGUCAUCUCUGAGAAAAACAAAUCAAGAAGACAAAAACCAAAAAGAAGAAGUUUCUCGAACUAUACCAACUCCAGCACGGGUGAGCAACAGAGAAAGUGAGGACACCACUACAGGGAAGAGGGUCACUCCAGCUGAGAAGGACGAGAGCUCUCUGAGUGCCACCCGAGAGAGACUCAAGGCGCGGUCAUGCCCGGCUCUCAGUCAGUUGGAGGAGGAGGGAGGGAGGGACGGAGGAGGUGGGGUGCGGGUUACCACCCGAUCCCAGUCCCGCUCAGGGGGUAUUGCCUCCUCCUCCGCUGCCUUGUCCUCACCCUCAUCCCUGGCGACUUGUCAGCGCCUCUCGUCCUCAGACAUUAACCUGCCCUCGGUACAGAAUCAUCCUAAUCCUCUCUCAUCUCCGAGUCUUUUUCCAGUACCAAAUAACCAGUCAGCUACCACAACUCCCACAUACGUUGCUCCUGUUACCACUCAUCCAUCAAGUACAGUUUCAUCCACGAACUUAACCACAGCCGCCUCCACCAUCCCUGCAGUUACACCUCCUGUAUCCUCAUCCAUUGAAGCAAAUAAUUUAUUAACCACUGUCACAACAGCAACAACAACCAUCACAACACCAACAUCACCAUCAGAAACACAAACAACAACCACAUGUACCACGCCUCACAGACCUCUAGGGCCUUCAAUCUCCUCUCCUGCCUCACCUGUUCCCAUCCUGACACCUCCUCCUCCUCCCUUACAACCUCCAAUACCUCCAUCCGUACCCCCCUCCUCCUCCACCACCGUCAUCACCAUCACCACUACCACCACCACAACUGCUGGCCUGGCCUCUCUCUCUACUAACCAAACUACUAACAACAAGGACCCCCGACUGCUGGCACGGUCCGCAUCCCUCAGAGAACGCAUUCAGAGGAAUCACAUGGAUAGUAUGGAGCCCCUCGUCUCUACCAGCACGGUCCUCACCACCAACACCUCACCUUCCACGCGCUCCAUUGGCAGCAACGUGACCACACUCACGACCAACGGGGGGCUGACUGCCCUCCCUCCACCACCUAAGACUGCACCAACCCUUUCCAUCCCCCCUAAACAACCUAACCAGCAGCACCUUCCUUCCCCCACAGCAACAACCUCCCUUCCCAUUGUUACUGUAACACCUCAAACACCCCCUACGUCCCCCACACCGUCUACACCACCACCGCCUCAGACCCCCUCCUCAGCACAGCCCCCCACGCCGUCCAAAAUGAGUCCGGGCAGUGUCAUAAAGAAUUUCUUCAACCUGGUGCAUUCAUCUAGGUCGUUUGUGCCGCCGAGCCGUGAUGAGGAGAGUGAAACCCAGAGAAAAGCCCACGCCAAGAUGGUACGGUCAACCCGGAGAUCUACGCAGGGGGUCACCCUCGAGGAUAUCAAAUCUGCCGAGCAGUUCAUGAAGAAUAAGCAGCAGCAGGUGUCUACAUCUAGUCCAGAGCCCAAGGAAACUUCAUCUGCAUCAACUGUGCCCACCUCCACCCCACAAGGAUCAUCCACAACCACCCCAUCCUCACCAUCAUCCAAGCCAAAGCCUGAGUCACCCACCAAAGCAGAUGAAGAGGAACGGCGCCCAUCUUGGAGGUUGAAGGUGGAUGAUGCUGAUAAGAAUAGGUUCUCCCUAGAGAAUGUGCGAUCAAAAGACAAAGCUGAAGUGGAGAACGAUACUGAAACAGUCACUGUCCAGCUGAGGAGAAAGAAUACAGAGGAGAAAGCCGAUGAAGACAAGGAGAGCGAGCGGAACUCACAAACGAGGGAAGGCACACAAGCGGCAAUACAGAGACGGAAAAAGCCUAAGAGACGUUCUACGGGUCGGGUUCAGGUUAAUAUAGAUGAUAUAGACCCUGAGAAAAGAGCUCAGCGCUCGGCAGAACAACAGCAGCAGGCGGAUGAAGGGAGCGAAGAGGAAGAGGAAGAAGAGAAGCCGGUAAGUGUGAGGGAUGAUAAUGUGACUGUAGGUCGUUGCUGCCUGCGGGAGUCUGUUAAUGAGCGUGGGGACACAGUAAAGGGCUCUACCACAUCUUUGGGGUCAGCCAUCAACAGUCAACCAUCUUCCCGGUCAUCAUCCAUUGGACCUGAAAAUGGCGACAUUGAUUACAAAAAGCUGUACGAGGAACAGCUGGAGGAAAACUUCAAAGUUCGUGAGCGGCUCCGAGGCACAGAGACUGAACUCAGGCAAUCCAGGGAAGCUGUCGAUCUCAACACCAAAAAAUGCAACACACGUCUUGCAAUGGCGGAAGCAGACAAACGAGAAAAGCGAGCCCUGGAACGCAAACUCUCAGAAAUGGAGGAGGAAUUAAAGCAAUUGCAAAAACUUAAGGCUGAAAAUGAAAAAUUGAGGGCUGAAAACCGAGCCUUGACUCGGGUGGUGUCCAAAUUGACCAAUUCAGCCACAGCGGGCAUGGGUAACUUGGCCAACUUGAGCAAAUAGUUGUUGGAACAGUUGAAGCAGGAGAACCAACGGUUGAAAGAUGAAAACGGGGCUCUCAUCCGUGUCAUCAGCAAGCUCUCCAAGUAGUGAAAGUCCUCAGCUUGUGAUUAUGCUGCUGUUGUUGCCACAGUUGUUGUGGGUUUCAGUUUGGGAUCCCACAUACACACUGUUACCCAGUCAUAAUAUGCUCCAUGGGAACCUUGUGAGUUGUUCUGGGAGAUCUGCAAGUGUUUAAAAUAUCUCUCAAGCCUAGUUGGAGUUCUUAAACUGUUUUGGAAGUCUUUAUUAGCUGUUAUGAAAGCUGGCUCACUGCCCUCGGCAUAUUCUAGGUCCUGUUUUGGUGACCAUGCUUUACCUUUUCUAUCGAGUAUAAUGCCUAAAUAACUUUUGUCUGUGUAGGCCCAGUAUUUGUGGUGUAGGUGUUUAUACUGUGCCUCGUAAAUUGGCUGAUUUUAGUAUCAAAGCAUGGUGAAACAACCUUAAUCUGGCAAUCAUUUUCCCCCAAAAUGGUACUGCAUACUAAGUACUUAAACAGUACAGUAAAGCAUUAGGGAUGUUGCUUCAUUUCCAGUACCCCUAUGUGAAUAUUUAUAUUACGUCCUGUGGAAGAAUGAGGUACAGAUUAAAUCAGUUUCACUAGAUCAUAGCUGCUCCUGAAGAUAGUGAUAGCCAGAGAGAAUUUAGAGAGUGUAUUCAUUAUUAGUUUAUGCCUUGUGGAUGCUGGCUCUGACAAACUGCCUGCCUGAGUGUGUCUCCUCUAGGCUCAGGUAUGAGGGAGUUCUAGUAACAAGUUCAGCCUUUGAGCCAAUAAAAGGGUUUCACCAAAGCAAUAUUUCCUAUUCAUGAGUUCUAGUGAAAUAUAAUUAAUGGCUCAAACUCGCUGAUUACAUCAAAGACAAUCUCCUUGUCCUCCUUCUGGGGGACCAGUAUCCCAGCAUACUAGACAUGUUUCAAGUUGGACACUCACACUCGGCCAGUGGCUCCACCUGUCCCCAAAGCCAAGUAAAACAAAAAUUCACGUAUAUUUGUGUGUUUUGCUCCUGUUGUCUAAGCUUUGCAUUUUCCACAAAUGUUUCUUGUCCUCUUUUUUUGUAAUUACAAAUAUAGUAUUGUUGGAGCAUACUAGUAGCCAUUGAUUGGCUUGAAGGAUGAACCUCUGCUGCCCGAGACCCAACUUAUCAGUGGCCAAGGCCAGUUCUGCUUUUGUUGUGUGUCAUUCAUUCAGUAUUGCCUGUACAGUACCCAUGCUGGAUGUGUGGAGAAGCAACUGUACAUUAAUAUGUGGUGUGGAAGGAGAAUUGUAAUCAUCUAUACUUUGUUGAAUUACAGAUGUAUAUAGAAUUUGCACUCAUUUUUGUCAGUAGGUACUAGGUCUAACAUUUACAUUUGAGUUUAUACAUCUUACACUUGCUGAAUAAGUAAAGGUUUUUAUAUAUUGCAGAUCUUAAAAGCUACCAUAAAUGCAAAGAAAUUCACUCAGUGCUUAAGUCAUACUGGAAUUUAGUCAGUAGAAUAUAUUUAAAUGUAAUUGCCAAUGAGCCAUUUGCUAGGUAAAAGGAAAGAUUUUUUAAUUAGCUAUAUGAUACCGAGUCACUGUCAACCAGUAGCCCUCAAGUUUUGCUAACACACUCCUACGUUUCUUUACAAUGUUCUUCAAUGCUCUGUCAUAUUAAACACCAAUAUCACAUAUAUUUCUGUGAUGGACAUGUUCUGUUUUUGAAUAUUGCAAAUGAAAAUUACCCCAAAAUUUUUUCUAUGAUGGACAUUUUUUGUACAAACCAAUAUUUCUUAUUCUGACUAUGGUCAGUUUUACAGUAUCUCUCAAUUAACUUAUAUUUACAAAAUAUCCAUGAUUAAAUUGAUUCUCUGUCGACACUCAGUGAAGAUAUACAUGCAUGGCAGUCUGGUAAAACAGUUGAGCCUGGCUUGAUCAACUAUGACAAGGUUCAUUUGAAAAUAUUUAGCUCUAGGGAUUCUAAAUGUAGUGGGUGUUUAUUUUUUCUCUUUUCUCCUUUAAAAUGGUGUUGAGCAGUGUAUGUUGUUUUAAUGUUUUGUCUGACAGAUCAAAGAGUGGGUCAAAUUCACCCCUGUAUAGAAAAUGAUUUAAAGAUUAUUCUUAUUUGAUUUGAAACUUCAUUGUAUACUAUAUUAAUAAUUUUAUACAUCAUGCGUACAUUUAUAUACACCGUACAUACUGCAAUAUUUAAUGGAGUGCAAAUAAGUGUAACAACCAUUGGGUGAAUGUUCCUCAGAGGUUAUUGCAUAUGUGUAAUGGAAUAGAGUGGUCAAUGAUUGUUGAAUAUAUAUUGAGAGAAAUUUAUUUGGUCAUUCAGAAUGGGAAAGAAUAACCAACAUAGAAUGUAACUUAAGCAUCAACUCAUAAAAGCUUUGAAUGAGUCGGAUUUGUAUGCAAGAUGAAGUUAGUAUUAUGUUGCCAGCAGUAAUGGAAGUGGACUCAGUGGUGCUUUGUAUUAGGUUGCACGAUAAUUAGGUUCUCUUCACCAAUGAAUGGCCUCACCUUGGUACUGUCUAAGACACACCACAAGGUACACUGGAGCUCUGCAUUGUGCCUUACCCACCUGGUGAUGCAUAUUACACCCAUACUUUUUAUUAUUAUUUAGGGCGUAAUUAUGUUCUCGUUGUAAAACUUGGAUCGUACUAAGGUCGUGCAUAGUGAUCUCUUGUAAUUCAGGAGGAAAAGCCAAAUGGAGUUUGGCUAGAAAGUUUGUAAAUGGGUUAAAAGUUUGUAAAUGCUUAUCAUCUUCCUGUGACUGCCCAAUGAGAUUCUGUGCCUUUGUUGAUAGAUUGAACACGAGCUCAUUUGACUCUGCGAAGACUUGCCUUUGUAUGCGCUGUUGUAAUCUAAAAAAUGUAAAAUAGCUUGCUGUAAACAUACCUAUUUUGUAAAGCAAAAACUGUAAACUGACAUGAAGGUUGGUUUAAUAAAAAAAAUAUUCAACUUUCAUAUAUGUUAAUUCUUAUCACUUCAAAACUAUGCUAUGAUUUUUCCUACACUUUUCCAGGAUUAUUGAUCAAUGGAUUCAGAAUCCAGUGAUCACGUGACGGGAAUUUUUGUGGUAUGAUGAUGAAGCGAGAUUUUGUAGAAGAGCCUAGUCAAAGACAGAUUACCUUUGUAGGCUUAAUGUGUAUCAUACAUAAGUUACUUCAGUUCUAUAAAAUGUACUGAAUUUCUUCUUUGAUAUACUUACAUUCACAGUACAGAUCAUUGAAGUUAUUUGCCAGAAUGUCUUUUCAUGGCAGUGCAUAAAUUAUGUCAAGUGCCUUUCUCUUGUAAUUAUUAUCUGUGAAGAAACAGUGAUUUAAUUGUUAAGUUAUUGUUCUACAGGUCAUUAUGAACCAUUUGUAAGAUUAUCAUUCAUUGGUCUUGCCACAUUGUCUGUAAUUAUCUGCAAUAGAUGGUAGUCAUUUUUCUGAAAUCUUACAUAAUUAUAGCAAAUAUUUAAGAAAUAAAGAUAUUUUAUAGUUAU